UGGACCCUCCUUCCCUUAUUUGUCUUUGGGAGGGAAGGACCAAGGCACCUUCUGUGUCCCUUCCUAACCCAACACACAGGCACGCGGGUACCAAGCUCGACCAACGGCAUCUCGGGGUGUUUGGUGGGACUUGAAAUCCUCCCGCAGUGAUGUCCCAGCCAUUCCGUUCGCUUCCACCCGCUGGCCCAUGGCCGAACCCGGGAGUAGGGCGGGAAGCAGCUUGGACCUCCGGGAGGCCAAGGUCGCUGCUCCCCACUCCCUCCAACGCGGCGCGUUCGCUCCCCCAGGACUCUGCUGAAGGGGCCGGUUGCCCAGCCGGCCGCAGCUCGUGGCCCCUCGGGCCACCUUGCCCUACAGGCCCUUCUCCCCAAAGACGCACUACGGAAAUCUCGCCCUCUUGCAGCUGAGAGGAGCCGGGGAAUCCCAGACCUGACCCAGUGAAAAAUCCGCCUGAACGAUGGGUAAGACAUUCUCCCGGCCGGGCUCUCAGGAGGAUGAGAACAAGUCAAUCCUGCCCCCCCACCCAGCCAUCAACAGCAAGGCUGCCAGCUACUCCAGCACCGGUAGCAGCAAGCCUUUUUGUUCCUGUGUGCCUUGUGAAGGGCCUGCUGGUGCCAGCUUUGUGACUUGUCCCACCUGCCAGGGCAGUGGGGAGAUCCCUCGAGUACAAGAGAAGCAGCUGGUGGCCCUCAUCCCCUAUGGGGACCGGAGGCUGAAACCCAGACACACGAAGCUCUCCGUGUUCCUGGCAGUGCUCACCUGCCUGGUGACCUCCUCCCUCAUCGUCUUUUUCCUGUUUCCCCGGUCCAUCGCCGUGCAGCCUGCGGGCCUCAACUCGUCCACGGUGGCCUUUGAUGAAGCUGAUAUCCACCUCAACAUAACGAACGUCUUGAACAUCUCCAAUAGCAACUACUACCCUAUCACGGUGACCCAGCUGACCAUCGAAGUGCUGCACCUGUCCCUUGUGGUGGGGCAGGUCUCCGAGAGCCUCCUCCUACACAUCGGCCCUUUGGCCAGUGAACAGAUGUUUUAUGCAGUAGCCAACCGGAUAUGGGAUGACAACACAUACAAAAUCUGUACCUGGCUGAAAAUCAAAGUCCACCAUGUGCUUUUGCACAUCCAGGGCACCCUGACCUGUUCCUACCUGAGCCAUUCAGAGCAGCUGGUCUUUCAGAGCUAUGAAUAUGUGGACUGUCGGGGAAACAAGUCGGUGCCCCACUUGCUGGUCCCUCACCCACCGUGACCUGUCUGCUGCCGCUGAACUGCAGGCACCUGCCAGCCUGGUCUGUAUCUUCCACGACUCCAUGGUGCCCAAGAAAGGACUCUAGUGACUUUGCCAGAGGAAAGCCCAGCUGUAUCAUACCCUCCCCACACCCUCAGCACAGGAAGCUUUGUGUGGAAGUUAACUUCUCACACACACACACACACACACACACUCUCUCUCUCACAC